AUGGUUCCUCAGUCUUCCCAGAGCCUCUUGAGUGCAAGGACUGCCAAAUUUGGUGGACGUGUGUUGGAUACUUGUGCCACUGCACUGAUGAAAUCUGAAAUGGGCACAUUUCUAGAGGGCACCCUGCUGAGUGCCUUCAGAGCAUUGGGGGUGCGAGAGGGGCGAGCGGCGCUUGGCGGUGUUUACAAUCCCCUGGAGAUUUGUUUGCGCGGGAGUGAGUCACGGAGCGCGCUGCCGAGGCACGCCGGAGCCCUGCAGGGCGGCAGUUCUGCGGGCAGCCGGUGGCGGCGCGCGCGUCAUGGCGCGGCGGGCGCCGCUGCCCGGGCCGCGCUCGGCUGGCGGCCAGUUCUUUGUGUGAGUCGGUGGCGCGAGCACCGUCCGUGGAGCUCCCCGUGCCGCGCGCCGCAUAGCGAGAGACUCAGCCGAGCCAGGCCCCAGGAGGCCGCGAGUGCAGCCAGCGAGCCGCCCAGCUUCCGCGUCGCAUACUACCCUCUCUGUGCGUGUGCGCGCCGCGUGCCACCGACCGGCGGCGACGCGGCCGAGUGCGUGCGCCACCGUACUGGAGACGCCAGCGCAGCAGCGUGUGCAGCACUUGUCGCUGAAGGUGACCUUGACGCCGGAACGCUGGAUCUGACGUCGGCAGCCAGGAUUAACCCCGUGCCGUCGGUUGCCGGUGAGUUACACAGAAGAAUGAAGGACUGUGGUGCUAGCUCAUUAACGUCUUCGUGGUGCGGCGCCGCCGGCCAGUACAGGCGCGAGCAUGUGUCGGCGCUGGAGCCGCCGCGGUCGUCCCCGGCGCCGGUGGCGGCGCCCGGCUCGGGCGUGUCGGGGGCGGCGGGCGCGGCCGUGGCCCCCGCGCCGGCCCCCGGCGCCGCCGCCGCCCCCGGCCACGGCGGGCCUGUGUGGCGCGACCCCGCCGGCCUGGUCGAGGUGCGCCACGUGCACAGCGUGCAGCACCAGCUGCUGAUGCCCGCCGCGCCCCACUCGCACUCGCACUUCCACCCGCCGCCACACCCGCUCUACCAGCCGCCGCAGCCGCAGCCGCACCACCGCUACGACCUCGAGGUGCUCGAGCGGGACCGUAUCAUCAGGGAGCGCGAGAAGCAGAUGGAACGAGAAAAGCAGCACCAGCAGCAGCAACAGCAGGAGAGGGAGCGAGAGAGGGAGAGGGAGCGAGAGAGGGAGAGGGAGAGAGAGCGGCUGGAGCAGCAGCGCGCCAGCGAGCACGCCGUCCAGGCAGUGCAGAAGCAUUUCGAGGAGUCGCUGCGGCGCGCACAGCAGAAGCACAACAUGUGCUGGAACCUGAACCUAAUCAGCAGCCUGCCGGCGCCCGCCCCCGCCGCGGGCCCUCCGCCGCCGGGCCCCGCGUCGCGCGGCUGCGAGGACAAGGCGGCGCCGCUGCCGCCUCACUCGCACGCCGCCUCCGCCGAGGCCGUGGCGCAGGCGCAGGCGCGCCUCUCGCGCCAGCAACACGACGCCGCCAUCGCUGCCGCUCACCGCGACCGGGAGAGGGAGCGCGAGCGAGAGAGGGAGAGGGAGCGCGACCGCGAGAGGGAGAGGGCGCACGUCGCGGCCGCGGCCUACUACGCCGCUCCCACCUCACGCACUACGAGUUCUGGUAUACCGAAGGUGGAAUAUGUCUCUGUGCCAGCACAGGCAGUCGUGACAAAAUUGGAGUACCCACCACCGCCACAUGCACCCCAUCUACACCACGCAGCACCCCAUCCUCCUCCAGCUCAUUCGCGAUCUGCCAAGGACAAGCCGUCACCUCCACCUACUGCGGCAGUCCCAGCACAGCCGCCUGCCCAUCCUACACAGACUGUCCUACCUAAAGCAGAACCUAACUUCGGACUGUUUGGAUACCCUGGCUAUCAGGCAGUCUCUGUACCUGUGCCUGUGCCACAGCAAUCAUUCCUUCAGCAGCAGCACCAGCAGGUCCAAGUUGCACAGCUGGAAAAGGCGAAGGGAUCGCCCGUGGCAGCAGCGACAGCAGACAACAAAAGUUCCGUGAUAGUGAAGAAUGAUGGGAAGCACAGCCCGAAAUUCGCCUACAGGAGCCCUUCACAAUCACCUUCACCACUCCUCGUGCGUCACAGUCCAAGUCCUGGAGCAUUGACACAUGAACCACAGAAUCUGGGUCGUCCACAACCUCGCAGCCCACUUGCCUUCAAACCUGCUCCUCCACCAGUGCAAGCACAGAGUGCAUCUCAACAACAGCCACCACACUACCGCCCUAAGGUGUCGAGUCCCGCGCCGUCACACGUGUACGGCAAGCCGACGCGGGACGCGUGCCCGGUGCUGACGCUGCCCCGCGCGCCGUCGCCGUACCAGCCGGCGGUGGGGGCGGGCGUGGGCGCGGCGGCCGGGGGCCCGGCGCCCCAGCCGCCGCCGGCGCACGCGGCGCGGCCGGACCUGCGCGCGCCGGGGCCGGGCCCGGGGGCCGUGCCGCUGCUGGCGCCGCCGCCCGCGCUCGUGGCUCCCGCCGCCGUGACCGCGGCGCCGCCCCCGCAGGCGCUCUACUUCAAGCCGGGGCUGGCGCGGCCGCUGGCCGCGGCUCCCGCCACGGCGCCCUCGCCGCCUCUGCAGACGGCGCCGCUCGACCUCGGCGUGGAGCGCCCCCAGAGGGCCAGCCCGGCCCCGCCUCCUGCCGCCUCGUCGUCUUCGUCGUCGUCGCUGCCGCCCUCCCCGUCGGCGUCGCCACCGGGCGGCCGGCGCAGGCCCGCCCCCAGUCCUCCUCCGCCGGACGGCAAGAGGCGCAGAGCCGAGAUUCCAGGAGGAGUCCAGGAACCCAGUCCUCCCAUAGCAUCAGCAGCUACUACGGUACAGGAAAACCAAGGUGUUACAACUGUGCCAUCUCCAGCUGCACCAAGUCCUGCAGUCAGUCCUGCCCCUGGUACUCCUUCACGGCAGCGGCCACCGAGUGCAGCAGACUCUGAAAAAUCCAGUAGUCCAGGACCCCCUACAAGGACUUACCCUGUACAUAAACUCAAAAAAGCAUGGUUACAAAGACAUUCUGGGGAAAAAGGAGAAGCCACAUCAUCUGUAACACCACUUGUUAAUGGACAUGCCAGCUCUGAAGGUAAUAGUGGACCUGGGAGUGUCAGUUCUGUGACUUGUGGACCUGGAGCUGAUUCGUCCAGUGGCUCUGAUGUGGACAGCCGUGGUCGCACAUCACCUCCCACCCCUCCUGCUAGUAGGCAGCGUAGACCACAAGAUUCCAAAAGGAAGAAGCCAGGUGCAGGGAAGAAAGUAGAUUCUCAAUUGGCUGAUGGUGAUGUUGGCAGUGCUGGUGAAGGGGAAAGUGCAGACACAUCAGAGAAGGAGAGGGAGAGAGUGAGGGGGAACGGAAGUGGUGGUUCAGCUAUCCCGACAGUUGUAAAUAGUGACGAACCGAGAAAGAGAGGUAGACGACCCCGUCCUGCAGCUUCGGAGUCCCCCUCAGGAGGUGCGAGUGGUGGUAAGAAGGACGAGAACUCGGCUAACUCUGGGUCAGGAACUGGUGGAUCAGGUCAGGGUAGAGGAUCGAGGGCACAGGGAGGUGGUCGAAAACCACGUGAUGGUCCCCCUGCUCCUAGGAGGGAUCCGCUAAAGAAACCGCCCGUAGCACAACUCAAGAGGACAGGUGAAAGUUUCCUACAAGAUGGACCUUGCCACGAGGUUGCGCCAAAGCUUGCGAAGUGCCGCGAAUGUCGUUGGACUCCCAGCCAACGGUCUCGAGAUGUUCCGAACAUUUUCUGUCGCUUUUAUGCUUUCCGACGAUUGCGAUAUACCAAAAAUGGACAGUUAGCUGCAGCUGGAUUCUCAGAUCCACGAGUUGAUCCUGCACCAGACGAUCUGCGCUUGUGGCUGCCAGACCCGUCCGAUCCUCCAACAGAUUUAGAUUUGGAUAUGGCAAAGAUUUUGCUGGAAGAAGUUGGAGAUGAGUUCUGCAAAUUACUGAGACAAGAAUCUGAUUCUGCAGCAGCUCAUUCUUCAGGACCCACACCUGUUGCAUGGAAGAGAGUAGUGAGAGGUGUACGUGAAAUGUGUGACGUUUGUGAGACAACACUGUUCAAUUACCACUGGGCGUGUGCAAAGUGUGGCUUUGCUGUCUGCAUAGAUUGUUAUAAGGGACGCAAGGCGGGCAAGAUCCGUCUGUGGGCAGAGCUGGGAAAGGACAGAGAUGAUUUCUCUUGGCUGUUGUGCACAAAUCGCCAGGGCCAUGAGCAGGAUAAAUUAAUGCUGACACAGAUCAUUGCAAGUGACUGCCUCACACGUCUUGGGCAAGAUAUGCAUCGUGAGAGGGAACGCUGGGGCCUGACACGUUGUUCCUGUUCUGGUAGCCAGCCCCGUGGUAGAAAUUCUCCAGCUAAUGGUUCUGCCUCUGCAGAAAUUGCCAAUGGACUACCCAAGCAAGAACCUUCUACUGAAAUGAAGAGGGAGCCAGUUUCAACAGAUGCUAAUAGCAGUAAGCAAGAAGUCAGUGGAGAUGCAGGAAAGAGAGAACAAGGUGUUGAAGAUGGGACUUCAUCCAGUGGUCGAGGACAUUCGACACUAAGAGAGCUGCUCAUACGCCCUACUGGUGGAGGUAAUGGGAGUCGUGCACCAUCUCCUGCCCCGUCAUCUCCUGGACCAGCACCACCUACUGAAGAAAAUCGUCCAGCUGCACCAGCACGCUCAAAAUAUAUGCCACGUCAGCAUAAGGGACGCUCGUCAAACUGCAAAUUAGAGACUGGUUCUCCAGAUUCUUCUCCACCACACACGUGGUUGUGUGAUGGUCGUCUGCUGAGGCUGAACGAUCCUUCGCAUAAAGGAAACCAAAAAAUGUUUCAGGAACAGUGGAAAAAAGGAUUACCUGUGCUGGUAUCAGAUGUAUCAAAGCAUCUGGACAUGACUCUUUGGCAUCCAGAUUCAUUUGCACGUGAUUUUGGAGAUGAGAAGAAUGAUCUGGUCAACUGCAUGACUGGAAAUAUUGUGCCAAAUCAGCCGAUGAGGCGAUUUUGGGAGGGCUUUGAGCACUUCUCACGUAGAUUGGUUGAUGAAGAGGGAAAACCAAUGCUUCUAAAACUGAAGGAUUGGCCACCAGGAGAUGAUUUUGCAGAGAUGUUACCAUCACGCUUUGCCGACUUGAUGAGAGUGCUACCUCUCUCUGAAUACACCCAGCGCACUGGCCGUCUUAAUCUGGCAUCACGUCUUCCUGAAUGUUUUGUGCGCCCUGAUCUUGGUCCAAAGAUGUACAAUGCCUAUGGCUCAGCCCUCCAUCCAAAGCAUGGGACUACUAAUUUACAUCUUGAUAUAUCGGAUGCUGUGAAUGUUAUGGUAUAUGUUGGAAUUCCAAAAGAUGGAGAUAGUGAAGAGCAUAUUAAAGAAGCAUUCAGAGCUAUUGAUGAGGCUGGAUGUGACAUCAUUAUGCGGCGCAGAGUUCGUGAGAAAGGAGAGCUACCAGGUGCAUUGUGGCACAUUUAUAGUGCCUGUGAUGCUGCCAAAAUAAGAGACUUGCUCAAUAAAGUUGCAGUGGAAAAGGGAGUGCGACUUGAACCGCAUCAUGACCCUAUCCAUGAUCAGAGCUGGUACUUAGAUACUGAGCUGCGUAACAGACUUUACCGUGAAUAUGGUGUUGAGGGAUUUGCCAUAGUUCAGUGUUUAGGGGACUGUGUUUUCAUUCCUGCUGGUGCACCACACCAGGUGCGUAACUUGCACAACUGCAUUAAGGUUGCAGAGGACUUUGUUUCACCGGAGAAUGUGACACAUUGCUUUCAUCUGACUGAAGAGUUUCGCGAUCUUUCUGAUACACACUCCAACCACGAGGAUAAAUUACAGAUAAAGAACAUUAUUUAUCAUGCUGUGAAAGACUCUGUGUCAGUAUUGGUGCAUGCUCGUGAAAAGAUGGAAUCUGAAACUGUGAACAAGCGUAUUAAACGAGAACCAGUUUCUCCAAAUCGGACAUCAGGCAACCGUGGUGAUGUGUCUGCAAGUCCUGUAAUUCCUAAGAUUGACUCUAAGAGUGAAUUAAAAGUGGAAACGGAGGAUGAAGUGGAGGAUGGAGAUGAGAGAGUGGAAGAGAUGUCAACAGCGUGUGAAGUUGGUGGUGAUACUUGAAAGUCUUUGACUGGAUGCAUUAUCUGAUCUCACCAAUGUGGCCCAUUGUGGGUUCUUCUGUAUAAUUUUUUAAUUGUAAGCUGACUGGCUUGGUUGGCAAGGCAUCUUUGUAAUACUGGAUUGUCAUGUUACAUGUUGUUCCUGUCUGGUCUGAUGCAUUUUUUCCAUGGCACCAUUUGUUGUUUGUGAGUCCAUAAAGCAGCCAUCUUUUGGGGGUACAGAAGGUGGAACUGCAAUCCUUUUAUGCAGCUGAUGUAACUGUGACUGUGAUUGAUGUAAUGAGUACCUUCCAUCAGCUGUGUGGACUUUCUGCAAGUGAAAAUCAUUCAUUCUCACUUCACCGUAAGUGUCAGAAUAUUUUUUGGGUUGAUCUGUUUCCCAUCGAAUGCGCGAUAUAGUUACUGAUGUGGUAAUAUAAACUAGUCAGAUAAGCUAAAUGCAAUAUUUAAUUUUUUUGCAAUAUCUAACAGUAUCGUGAAAUCAUUUUAGUAAAAUGACACUUGUUUACGUAUUAGUUUUAAUGUGAACUUUGCUGUCUCGAAUAAACUUUUUACGUAAAAACUCAUCAAAGAAACAUUAUUUCAUCUAAUCCUCUUCUGUAAUUAACACCUAACUCUUUAUCCAUAUGAUAAAACAGUGUAAUUCGCUAGGGGAAGUUGUUACUGUAGGUUCUUGAGGCCAUAUAGUGAGUUCUAUAAAGACUUUUGUUCACA